AUGAGCGGAGAAAAUCGUGCUGUGGUGCCGAUUGAAUCAAACCCUGAAGUUUUUACAAAUUUUGCACAUAAAUUAGGUUUAAAAAAUGAAUGGGCGUAUUUCGAUAUCUAUAGCUUAACAGAGCCAGAGUUACUAGCAUUCUUACCAAGGCCAGUGAAGGCCAUUGUGCUGCUAUUUCCGAUAAACGAGGAUAGAAAAUCGAGUACCAGUCAACAAAUUACAAGUUCUUAUGAUGUUAUAUGGUUUAAGCAAUCAGUCAAAAAUGCGUGCGGAUUGUAUGCAAUUCUUCAUUCUUUGAGCAAUAACCAGUCAUUGUUGGAGCCCGGCUCCGACUUGGACAAUUUUUUAAAAUCUCAAAGUGAUACUUCAAGCUCGAAGAAUAGGUUUGAUGAUGUUACUACCGACCAAUUCGUCUUGAAUGUAAUAAAAGAGAAUGUACAAACAUUUUCUACUGGCCAGUCAGAAGCACCAGAAGCAACUGCAGAUACUAAUCUACACUAUAUCACAUAUGUGGAAGAGAACGGAGGGAUAUUUGAACUGGAUGGAAGGAAUUUGAGCGGACCCCUCUAUUUGGGAAAGAGUGACCCAACUGCCACCGAUUUGAUUGAACAGGAAUUAGUUAGAGUGAGAGUCGCCUCAUAUAUGGAAAAUGCAAAUGAAGAAGAUGUAUUAAACUUUGCUAUGCUAGGAUUGGGCCCUAAUUGGGAAUAA